GAAGUGCUUUAAUCACACUGCCAACAUUACACUCGGCUAGCUGGUGGUCAGUGAUGGUCGAUACUGCGGAAUAGGUAACAAACUAGAUGGGUUUUCUGCGACAAAACAGUGUCGCCUGUUAAGGAAUCACAAUGCCAUUAAGUGCAGCCUGAGAUCAGAGAAGUAGACUAUGAAAACAAUUCACAAAUCUGUUGAUUUGUUUGUUUAAUCGCAGACCGAUUGCUAUGAUUUAAGUUAGCCUUUGCUAAGCGCGACGUGAUUCUGUGUGAUUAAAGUUGAGCAACAGCGUUCAGAUAAUCGACCAGGUCAAUGUACCAAGAACUCCGAACCGACUUUACAGCAGAUCAGCAGUGGGUGUUCGUGUUUAAUCGUCUGAUUUGUAAGGAUACAUGCAUAAAACUGACUAGCUAACCAGCUAAUACACCAAUCCAAGUACGUUAAGAAGGAUCUGCUGGCACCAGACAUCGGUCGAUUGUACAGGAUCUGCUGUUAAACUCUAAAGUGAUUCUCCGACUGAGACAGCGGUGUAUCUUUAGCUGAAAUGGAUGACUUCAGCUCCAUCAGUCUGCUGUCUCUGGCUAUGCUAGUCGGCUGCUAUGUGGCUGGGACAAUUCCCCUGGCUGUCAACUUCUCUGAGGAGAAGCUGAAGUUGGUGACAGUGUUGGGAGCCGGGCUGUUGUGUGGCACUGCGCUGGCUGUCAUUAUUCCAGAGGGAGUUCAUGCACUCUAUGAGGAAAUGCUGGAAGGUGGGCACCACCAUGGCCACGGGCAGGUGGAAGCAGAAGUUUCUGAACAGAAGGUUGUAGAAGGAGUCGUAGGACAAAGCACUGAACACGGCCACAGUCACGAGCAGCUCCACGCGUAUAUCGGCGUCUCUCUGGUGCUGGGCUUCGUCUUCAUGCUGCUGGUGGAUCAGAUCGGCAGUUCUCACAUGCACAGCAGUGAUGAUCCAGAAGCAGCAAGGACUGCUAGCUCUAAGGUCACCACCACACUUGGAUUGGUCGUUCAUGCUGCUCCUGCUGCCUUUGGACUCGUCUCUUUCCUCAUGCAUGCGGGUUUAGAAAGAAACCGUAUCCGGAAACAUCUAUUAGUCUUUGCCUUGGCUGCCCCUGUUUUGGCCAUGCUCACCUACGUAGGACUCAGUCAGAGCAGUAAAGAGGCGCUAUCUGACGUCAACGCCACCGGCGUGGCCAUGCUGUUUUCCGCCGGCACCUUCCUGUACGUAGCCACGGUGCACGUCCUCCCGGAAGUGGGCGGCAUGGGCGGCCACAGCCACUCGCCCGGAGGCAGCGCAGGGAAGGGCCUGAGCAAAGUGGAGGUUGGAGCUCUGGUUCUAGGCUGUCUGAUACCUCUGGUGCUGUCCAUCGGCCACCAGCACUAGUGUUCUUCACUUGAAGCAACACUGAAGAAGGUCUGAAAAGUGUAAACGGGACUUUGAACAGAAUUGGCCGCAGAUGUGGUUUGAAUCAUGCCUCUGUCGGUUUAUUCAAGUUGACGGUUGGAGUGAACGCAGGAACAUUGCAGUCGGGAUCAAGAUUUGAGAAGCGCCUAUGGACUUCUGGAAUGGGCUGCCCUGUCCCUUCAUAAAGCCCUGUGGGCUGACGGCUUACGAUGACCAUACACAAAUAAAUGCAAUCAUGUGUCCACCUCUUAAUUUUGUUUUCUUCAGUGGUGCUGGUUUAAAAAGAUGCGGUUGUCAUGUAUGCUUUAAAUUUGGUAUUUUAUUGGUUUUUAUAUGAAAUUUGUCCAUGAAUCUUUUAAAAGAUGAACCAACACCAUUUAACACCAUGUGCCCAUUUACAAUGAUGAUAAAUGUUUAGAUGCUUUACAAACAUUAAAUGUAUUGAGUUUGUUGUCCCUCUUUUUCUACAGUAUUGAUUAGUUGUUUUAAACUUUGAUUAAAUUUCACCUUGCCUAGCUAGUUAGCUAAAACACUAGAACAUUUCCAUGUUUUCUUUGUUUUUACUCCCUUGAUAUGUUUAUGUAUAUAUAUAUUAUUAAAUGACACUUGAAAAAUGGGUUGUCCAAAGUCUUGCAGGUGGACAUUUUUCUGUUGAGUUCAGUGCAUGUACAGCUUUAUUAUUUGACUUACCAACCAUUUUUCAAACCUGACUGGUUGUUUAAUCAUGAAAAAAAGCAUCUGAUUGGUUAUUCAGGUGUUUUGUACUGUGAUGCCUGCUCCGAGCAGAGACUGUGUACUGUAAAUAUGUAUUCUCUGUAUAAAUGACAAACAAAAAUACCCUGUUUGACAUCCUGGUUGACACCCCGAGGAGUUUUUAAGUCUGGGAAAGAAAGAUUGUUUUUGAAAUGAAUGAUUAUUGACACUUCCAUUUUUAUUUGGGACUUAUUCUUUGAGAAUUUGAGGUCAGUUGGAAAGAUAUAUAUAUAUAUAUGGUGGAUUUCUGCUUUGGUCAGCUGAAGGUUUUAGAUCUGCGAACGGGAAAGCUGCGGUGUUCAUCACCAAGUUACUUAAUGGUUGCCUCUUGCCAACUUGGGACACCAGCAACAUCCUAUGAUCCUGGUUUACAAACUGUCUUGCUCUGAAAAAUGACCGUCAUAGUCUAUUUGAAAGAUGUGUUAGUGCUUUUAGCUCUCUAGUGCCCUCAUCUUACCGUAGUGCACAAGUGCAGCAUCAACCUCAAACUGUGGAAGAAACACUGAUGAGAGACUUCAUGCUGAUUUGUGGAUAAUUAUUAUUUUAUGACACCUUUUAAAGGGAAAACUAGAUAAACUUAGCCUCAUUCGAAUACUACGACAUGACCUCCCAGAAACUUGGGACAGAUAUAUAAUGGAAUUAAAUUUUGUGCCAUAAGGACUUAUUUCUGCUCGUACAGCUCAGAGAUUUUUACAAUGUGGCGAGAUGUGAUGAAUUCAUGAUGAAUUGAGUUUUGGGCUUUUAUGUGAUCAUUCCACAAGAGGAGUAUGCCUUAUUUUUCUCACAGUUGUUAAAAUGGUUUCACAAUUCUUUGUUCAUGAUUUGAAUAAACUUUUAUUUUUUUAAUGGAUGCAGAUCUA